AACCAAGUUGCUAAUCUUAAAAUCUUUACCCACAAUUGUGAGAAACUAUAUAUGGAGCCUGAAGUAGAAAAGGAAGGCACGUUCAUGACUUGUGAGAGUGCAAGAACCAUCUAUCCAGCUUCAGAAAUGCUCUGUACUGAAGAGACAUUACAAGCAAAAAACGCGCAUUUACAGACUUAUUCUCAACACCACGCUGCUUGUGAUAAGAGAGAAAGUUGUCAUCAACAAGUCGUCUGUGAACAAGGAAUUAAGAUUGUUAGUAAUGGCAACAACUCAAAGAAUGAUGUUUCCCCUUUUCCUUUGUGGGAUACGAACUCUGUUCCUGAUAAACAAGAAUGUUUAUGUGCUGUUCUGUCUUCUGCAAAGCUAUGUGAUGAGCCAAGGGAGGGAGAGCAACGGUGUAGUUUUGACUCACACGAUAGCAACGACACAGAUAUUCUCUGUAGUACAUCAUGUGACGAAUCUCUGUGUCAAGCUAAUCCCAAGUCAGUCCUGGAAUCUGGAGAACCUGGGUGCAAAGGAGAUGCUGAUAUAUCUGCAGUGCAUGACAAGCUGUGGAAACUUCUUCAUGAAGAUGACUCAGACUAUCAAAUCCCAUUUGAAAACCGGGGGCUCACAAGUUUAGAAAUUAGGCCGACGGAUGUCAAAGUCACAGAACUGAACUUCGUACAGGAGACCUGUUCUGAUCAUCCUGUGCCAAUAAAUCUGAUAGAUGAGCAGGAACCUGUUACACAACCAGCUAACAGACAAAGAACAGAGAAAGAUGACUGCAAUGUUUCUGAUAUCCUACUUAAAACAGACGAAGCACAUAACAGUGCAUCCAUGGGAAACAUUUGUCUUGCACAAGUGGUAGAAACAGAUGGUAUAUGUCUAGAUUCUAGCACUGGAAAUAAAACGGAAACAGCAUCCAUUUGUGUUUCAGCAAGUAGUAUCGUCUUAAGUACAGGGGAGUGCUUGGAGCAGAAGCUGAAUCAAACGUUAACUGACAGUAAUGGAUCCAUUCAAAUGACUGUUGCUUGGGAAGGAGAGCUUACUGUUACUAAUGCUUCACAAGCAUGUGAUGCAGAUUCUCCUCAAAGGUUGAAAAAUGCUCAGAGUAGUAGUUUAGCAUGUGACAAAGAAUACUCGGCUUACGUGUCAGAUAAGUUGUGUGGGACAGUUGGACCAUUACUUUGUACUGAGCACAACAUAUCCUUGAUAAAUGAGUCUGUAGCUGGUAAAGGGUGUAAUUUUGGAGACUGUUAUCCAGCAAGAAAAGAACUGGCUUAUUUCCCUGAAAAGAAAGACAUAUUCCCCAGUGAGUUUACACAUGAAGAACACCCAUCUGUAAACACCAUACAUAAAAGUAAUGAAGAGAAUUUACAUGAAAAUGGAAAUCACUCAGAUUUGAAUGCACAAAGUGACAUUAAUUCUGACAGUUAUCAUCUUUCAAAAAAUGAUGACUGUCAAGAUGUCCAAGUUGUUUCUAAUGCACAGAAAUACGGUUACCUAAUGCAAUCGCCUAAUUUAAUUAAGACUCCCGAAACCGUAACACAUAAGAAUCUGCUCCAAAAUAUAGACCAACUGACAGAAAUAGAAGAAGUGGCAUUCACUCCCUCUUCUGAGGAUCCAUUUUUAAGAGAUUUUUAUGUAGAAAUACCCAGAUAUGAACCAUGUAAAACAGGAGAGAUACGCGUAGGUGAUGAACAAAGGUCUGAAACUUCCCAUGACUCAGGAGUUUCAGAGAGUCAGACUGCAGUUUCCCCUCAUGAUACAUCAGAACAGCAUGUAUUUUUUGUUGACAGCACCUUUAAGUCUGAUGAAGAGUUAAAAACGGAUUCUUCGAAAAAUCACACAGAUGCAUCUGUAAGUGAAACAUCAGUUAGUACCCCACUGCCUAGAAAGGCACAAAAUGAGUACCACAGCAUAGCAAACGAGGCUUAUAGAGAUAUCAGUAAUCAGUUAGCUAUCCGACAACUGGCUGUAGAAGAAACAUUACCAUUCUUCACACCUGUACGCCAGUCAGAGGGCCUUCCUACCAGUGCAUCAGCAAUGGACUGCCCUGCCACAGGAAGUCAUGUAAAAACUGAAUCCACACAAACUGCGGUCAAAGUAGAUGAAAAUUUGAGUACGCUGGAAACUUUCUGCAAAGCAUUGCAGGAUCGGUGCCAUAGGGUGCCUGAAGAAAACAAGGAGGAAGCAGUCUUGUGUGAAAAUAAACAAGAGAUUCAAAGAGCUACUGAAUAUAACCCAGGUGAAGCUGAAACAAAGUCUCCUUUGCACACUUUAAUUAGCUCCAAGGCUCAGAGAGAGAUCAUGAAUAUUAGUGCUAAACAGUCCUGUCCUGACUUUAUCUCUUCCAGCAAGCUAAUUGAGGUUGAUAAUUCAAUGAAGUCUACUGAGUGUGGUAAGGAUGAAGAAGUCAUUACAUCAGAGAGCAUAGUAAGUGCUUUAGUUAAUUUGCCACCAGUUGAUUCAGGGAACAACCAGUAUUUUCAAGAGCAACCACCUUACAGCAGAACUCAGCCAUUCUCCUUAGCAUUGACCACAUAUGAUCCACUCCCAGUCAACGCGGAAAGGCUAAGAAAUCAAGAAGGAUCAAAAUCCUACCAGACAUCCCCAACCGUUGCUGAGCCCGAACCCAUCAAAUGUAAACAAGACACAGCAAAAAGCGGGCAUUUUGCUACUGGAGCUAAGACGAAAUUACCGCCAGCUACACUGUCAAAAAAACCCCGACUGGAGGGGAGAGAAAAUGUCAGCAAUGAUCCUAGCACUGUUAAAAAGUCUGUGAAGAGUGAGGCAGGCAUGAUUCAUAAGGAAGAUAGAAAAGAGCAAAGGAAACUAAUUUUGAAAAAGGAUAGCAAAGCUCCCAAGCUGCUGAAGAAAAUCCAAGCGGAGUUGUUCCCUGACUGCUCUGGAAAUAUUAAGCUAUGCUGUCAGUUUGGUGACAUUCAUGGUGACUCCACCAUUACAUGGACUAAAGAUUCCAAGUUACUAGCCCGACUGCAGAGAAG